AGGAACAUAAAUAGGCAGUAAGAAGAGUGCAACUGAUCACAGAGCACAGGAUGGGCAUCUAUUUUCUUCUGUUAAUUGUAGGGUUUUGCGGGGCACAGUACAACCCCAAUACUCUCUCUGGGAGGACGUCUAUUGUACAUCUCUUUGAAUGGCGCUGGGCAGAUAUUGCUCUUGAGUGUGAACGCUAUUUAGCUCCUAAUGGAUUUGGAGGAGUUCAGAUUUCGCCUCCAAAUGAAAAUGUUAUCAUUACUGACCCCUGGAAACCAUGGUGGGAAAGAUACCAGCCCAUCAGCUACAAACUGUGCACGCGAUCUGGAAAUGAAACUGAAUUUACAGACAUGGUGACCAGGUGCAACAAUGUUGGAGUACACAUUUAUGUGGAUGCAGUAAUCAACCAUAUGUGUGGAGCCAAUGCUGGUGCUGGUGACCAUGCUACUUGUGGAAGCUAUUUCAAUGCAAAAGCUGAAGAUUUUCCAGCUGUGCCAUAUUCUGACUGGGACUUUAAUGAUGGUAAAUGUAAAUCUAGAAGUGGAGACAUUGAGAAUUAUCAUGAUAUAUCUCAGGUCCGAGACUGCCGCUUGGUUAGCCUUCUUGAUCUGGCCCUGGAGAAGGAUUACGUACGCUCAAAAGUUGCUGAGUACAUGGACUACCUCAUUGAUAUUGGUGUAGCAGGCUUCCGAAUUGAUGCUGCCAAGCAUAUGUGGCCUGAGGAUGUGAAGGCAAUUUUAGACAAGCUGAAAGAUCUAAAUACUAAAUGGUUUUCUGCAGGAACAAAACCUUUCAUUUACCAGGAGGUAAUUGACUUGGGCGGAGAGCCAAUCAAAGGCAGUGACUACUUUGGAAACGGCCGAGUGACAGAAUUCAAGUACGGUGCAAAACUGGGGACAGUGAUCCGCAAGUGGAACGGAGAAAAGAUGGCCUACUUAAAGAACUGGGGAGAAGGCUGGGGCUUUGUGCCUUCCGACAGAGCUCUGGUCUUUGUGGAUAAUCACGACAACCAACGGGGGCAUGGGGCCGGCGGAGCUUCCAUUCUGACCUUCUGG